CUCUAAGCUUAUUGUUACCUGUCUGACUUUCUGGGGAUCGACUCCUGUGUUUCGGGGAUAAACUUUCAGCCAAUCGGAAACGGGAGCAAAAUCGAAAGUUCGCUUUCGUCUGCCGAGACCGGAAAAAGCUCAGCGGGAAAAAAGGUUGCCUUGAGGAGACGGACUUUGCCGUGCAGUGUGCUGACAAAGAAGGAUGGAGGCGGCAGACGAGAGACUGAAGCGCCUCAGAACAGAUUUAGUGAAUGGACUCACCAAGGGAGUCAUUGAUGAUCUGGUGGAUGAAAUGCAAGUGGCGAGUGUAAUCAAUACGUCGGAAUCAGAAGAAAUUCUCCAAGCACAAACAACAACAAAAAACAAGGCUCGAUGUCUCAUAGACACCAUUUCAAGAAAGGGACCCAGAGCCAGUGAAAAAUUUAUUGGCAGUCUGAACAAAGCAGACAGAGAGUUGUGUUCAGAACUGAGCCUUUGUCUGGUAAAAACAGAUGCAUCAAGUUCUGAUCCAAAGCAAACCUCUGAGACUUCAGCAGGUAUUGGAUCUGUUGUCCCAACCACUUCCACAACACCAGAGGUAUCCACAUCUGAUGAGUGGAUAAUUCCAUGCACACAACAGCAUUAUAAGGAGAUUUCUCAGAAUACUGGCGAGGUAUACCAGAUAUUGCCAAAACAGGACAGGAAACGUCUGGCUUUACUGAUUAAUAACAUUGAUUUUGAGAAACCUGCAAUGAAGAGAAAAGGUGCAGAGGUGGAUGAAAAACAAAUGCAGAAACUGCUGAAUGGCUUUGGUUACCAAGUGGAAAAGUACAAUAAUUUAACAAGUGAGGAAAUGAAAGAAGUACUGACUGCAUUUUCAAAACGAGAGGAACACUUACAGUCUGAUAGUACUUUUGUUGUUCUCAUGUCCCACGGGCUCCGAGAUAAAAUCUGUGGCAAACUUCACAAUGAGGACAAGGAAGAUACUCUUCACAUCGACAAUGUUUUUAACAUUUUAAACAACAAGAACUGCAAAGGCUUGAGAGGAAAACCCAAAGUUGUCAUUGUGCAGGCAUGUCGAGGAACCAACCUCGGCCACGCCUAUGUCAGUGAUUCUGUAAGUGAUGAGCCGGUCUCUGAUUAUGAAGAAGAUGGUCCCUUUUGCAAAGUACACAAGGAAAGUGAUUUCAUCUGUUUCUGCUCCAGCACCCCAGACAAUGUAUCCCUCAGGCAUAUACAAAAUGGCAGCAUAUUCAUCCAAUCGUUAGUGGACAAAAUGAGGCAAAAUGCAGCGAAGUAUGAUAUUGAGGAGAUUUUUUUCCAGGUCCAAAAGUCAUUCCACAACUUUGCAAGACAGCUGCCUGUGAAGGAGAGAGGCACACUUAUGAAGAAAUUUUAUCUUUUUCCUGGUUUCUAACAUAUCAAUUUCCAGAAGUGAACCUCAAAGUCUGACCCCACAUCUUGCAGCAGAAUUACGAAUCAAAAUUCUCUUCUGAUCUGCUACUGGCACAGCAGAACAUCAACGUUUGAUUGGAGAAUUAUUCAUUAAAACUUUGGGGUGGAGAGUUUAGAUUGUGAUGGAAGAGGGAGGUCACAUUUUACUUAAUGUGCUGAAAACAAUAUAUGAUGUAUAAGGUUAACGAUUUCUUUGGAUGCUAACUAUAAUCAUGCUAAAAUGAUUAAUGCUUUUAUUUGCUUUGCUAAAGCAUUAGUAAAUUCCUGUAGCAAGGCUUGAACAGA